UCAAAUGCGCCAUUCCGCGGCGCGCUACGUCACUCGGCGGCCGCUCGCCGCUCGCGUUCACAUCAAAAUAAACUCCGUCUUACAUUUCCAAUACAAAUACAACAGUAAUUAAAGCAAAUAUCCCGAGAUAAUUACCGAAAUACUGUUCAGUGAUAGCUUGAGAGUGCACAAGGUGGUGUCCAAACCGGUUUCCGAAGUGUUUCGCAACGGAAAAGUGUGUUGUAUUAGUAUUAUUGUGAAGUUACGAGCUAACAGUGCGGUGUUUGUGUGUGUGUGUUUGCCCACGUUGCCCAGCUAGCCCAGGCUGCCCAGUGGGUCGGUGUCCAGCGCUGGGCUAGUGGGAUCGGUGGUUUGUGUCGUCUGUGUGCAUCGGAGAUGACCUACAUUUAGACGGUAAUGCAGCGUGACGUCAACGGCUUUCGGCGUUCCAUUUUUGAAUUUGCUCGAGGACCGUGUCACUCUUAGGAUUAGAAGACUAGAAAGUUCCAGAAGCUCCGAGAAUGUUCUAGAAGCAUGCUAUGAAAAUCCAAACGGUGGCGGGGACGCGCACCCUCAGCGGGGAGCCGCCGCGCUCCACCGCCUAUUACUACGCAGACCUCGAGAGGCUCAAGCGGAAGACCUCGGAGCCCCCUCAGGAGGCACCUCCCAACCCUGACGAGCUCAGCGAGUAUGUCGAAACAAAUGAAGUGGUCAACGACGGGGCUGUUCGAGAAGUUCCGCCAUUGAGAGACAGAGGGCGUCAAUGGAGUCUGCCAGAAUACAACACUCCAGAGAAUUCUAGAAAGAUCGAAGAGACGUAUUCCACUGCGGGAACGUUUCCCAUGCCUGAACCAAAAGAGAAGGAGCCCUUGUUAGCUGAGUUGGAGGUGGUCGGUCGGUUGCCGCUGACGCAGCUGGAAGGCGCCGGUGGGGUGCGUCGCAGCAGGAGCUGGUACCUGUGCUGCCCCAACGUGGCGGAUGAGGAGAUGUCUCGAGAGUCCUCGUGGCGGUAUUCCAGUCUGCGGCCAGUGACGGCGCCGCCGGUGCCGGGACAUAAUGGAUUGAGUGUGCUGGUGAGCAGCGCGCAAUCAGGUCGCGAGGACGUGGCGUCGCUCCGCGCGGAACGCGAUGCGCUGGCCCGCGCGCUGUCGGCGGAGCGCGCGCGCGGAGCGGCGGCGGCGCGGGCCCACGACGCGCGGCUCGCGGAGCUGCAUGGUGUCAUUGCUGAGCUUGUGCGGAGGAGAGCGCAUGAUAAGCAGUCUAGGGCUAUACCUGAGGAGGAGGUGUCUGACGAGUGCGAGUCGACGACGCAGCCGGCGGGUGAACUGGACAACGACGCCGACAACUCGCGCACUGAACAGAACGACACAUCAUCGGCCAUCAGCCCGGAGCUGCCGACUCCUCAGGAGUCGAAGGUGGAGGCGACGCCGUCCGCCGUCGAGGACCUGCCCACCGACACCGAGACCAGCGUGCACGAUGUCAGAGCGGAGGGUCCGCGCGUGGAGGUGCGGCCCCCGUCCGCGGAGUGCGACACCAGCCUCAACCUCUCCGAGCGAGACUCCGACGUGUGUCUCAGCACCGCCAGAUGCUGCGAGGCGGUGGGGUCUGACUUGGCGGCGGGGUCUGGCGCGACGGGUUCGGGCGCGGGGGGCUCGUGCGAGCGCGAGCGCGGCUCGCCCGACGAACCGCGCCUACACACGCCUUGUGCUGGUCGGUGCGAGUCCCGGCAGGCCAAGAUGGCGUCUCGCGUGAAGUUGCGACGCACUGACAACUCUGACUCCAGCGAGACCAGGAACAACGACUGGUCUCGGUCUGAGCGCGUGUCGGAGCUGUGCGCGCGCGACCCGCUGCUGCGCGACGCGCUGCACGCCGCGCAGAACGAAGGUUGCACGUGGGCGGCGCGGUGCGCGCGCCUCCGCGCGGAGCGGCGCGUGCUGCAGUGCGCGCUAGCACGGGCUGCUGAUACUGCGCACAGGCUGUACUGCGCGUGCGCCGUGCAGGAGUCCACCUCCGUGUCGCUGUGCUGCGCCCUCCGCGCCGCCGACCGCGCGCUCGAGACAUACGACGUGCUGCUCGCGCUCGCGGAGACGCAGCACGACCAGCACGACCAGCGUGCAGCCGCCGAGCUGGUAGCCUCCCAACUCCUCUCCCGCCUCGAGUCAGAGCAGAGCGGCGCAGUAGUGGGUGCCCUACUGUCGCCGGGCCCCUGGCUGGCGCAGGCGGCGGCGGCCCCCGCCCCGCGCUGGUCGCGCGCGGCCGAGCUGCGGCUGCGGGCGCACGCGGCGCGGCUGAAGGCCGACACCGUCGCGCUCAGGGACACGCAGACACAGCCCAAGCUGUUCUCUUAUCAUGACGUGGAGGAGUCGGAGCUGGGCGCGGGCUGCAGCGCGGCGGAGAUGGAGGCGGCCGUGGCGCUGCACUCCGCGCUCGCCGCGCCGCACGCGCUCAACAAGCACUGCACGCACAAGGUAACAACACCCCCACAGCCCGACGUCGUAUGUAUGUACUACAGACGUGGAGGAGUCGGAGCUGGGCGCGGGCUGCAGCGCGGCGGAGAUGGAGGCGGCCGUGGCGCUGCACUCCGCGCUCGCCGCGCCGCACGCGCUCAACAAGCACUGCACGCACAAGAGCGGUUCGUCGUCUCGGCGCAGUCGCCGCGCGCGGCCCCGACACUGGCUCGACACACAGGCCUCCGAGACCGACCUGUGAGCAUGCACUACUUGCUAGCGACACGGGACACGGUCGGUAAUGAUACUACUAUACAUUGGAGUACGCAGUGGUUCCGCAAUAAUCACAAAUGGAUGUACAAUUUAAACUUCAAAUUCAAUGUUAGAGUCAAAUGAACGAGCUAUGUUGAAAAACAAAUCAAUCUACCUUUAUAUAUACGGCCCAUAGAUAUGUUACCUUAAAGACUAACUUGUGUUAUAUGUAAACGCUCUAAGUUUUGGUGUUACAUAAAGCUUGCUACAAACUUGAAAACAUUAAUAUUGAUGUUUAAGAGAAAUAGAAAUUGAAUCUUACGUGUGAACCCAUCUACGUGUAGAUAUAACAAAUAUGAUUGUAUUUAUGAAAAGACACGCGCAUCCGCGUUAUUAAAGCCAUAAUAGACGAGUACAUACUAUAGUUAUUAGAUGUUAUUGUAAACUUAUAGGAUUGUGACCAUCACACAUACUCACACAUACUCGCACACACUCAUAAAACAAUCACUUCUAUUCUCUCAUUCUAACUUAAACUCACACAUCUACAUGCACACACACACACACACACAAAGACAUUGGCAUGGAGACGUUACGGACGGUAGCUUUUUGACGUAAGCCUCAUAUUGAAUUGACUCGUUUCUUGUUUAUAGGAAUUGGCAUGAAUCUGUCUAAUCUCGAAUGUUAAGUUUUAAUGAAUUUGGUUGUUUUUUAAGAGUAAUAAUGUAGUAAGUAAAUAAUCUCCUAAGAAUCUUUAUUUUAAAAUAUAUUUUUUUGUUAGAUUACACAAAAACAUUGUAAAAUUGAUUGUUUAAAUUAUUAGUAUAAAAUAACAGAGGCUAUGUAUCGUCUCAUGGACAAGUUACCAACGUUAAGUUCAUAAUUCGGUGAGAUGUAACCUCGAGGUGACUACUAAUGAUGUGAGUAACAGCCCUGCUGUACAUACAUCUACUAUUGUCAAGUUAAUGAAGGAAAAUCACGUAUUUCAGGGCUGAAAUAAAAAUUGAGUCUUGAAAUAUAUUUUGGGUCUUCUUCUUCGCGAGUCGAUGGCAAACUUAAAUUUUUGAGGCCCAAUAUUUCGCUACGCAUACGGCAUUGUCAGUAGCGUUAUAGAGGUCAUCCACUAUGCAGCUGUCGGGGCAUAGUGGGCAGCAUAAAAGGUGCCGCAUGGUUUGUGGUAUGGCACCACACCCGCAGCUAUUGUCGUCAGUGUAGCCCCACUUACAUAGGUUUUCCCUGCACCUGCCUACCUGUGCACGUAGCCUGUUAAGAUAUAUAUUUUGGGUAAAAAUAUCAAACUUCUCAUUAUAGUUCAUCAUCACUUUUGACUUGUCACAGUCUUGAUACAUGACAACGGAUCAAUAUUGCUGUUUCAACUCAAAUCUUUGAUAUUGACGCACACCGCAUGUAUCUCGUGGUGUACUCGCUGUAGCAAACAGUAACACAUUGCGCGCGAACAUUACUAACAUGUCCGCGACACUGCAACCGCCGCGAGCGAACACAUGCUAGCUAUGGACUCGCGACAUAAGAAUCACACCAUUUAGAUAAAAUAGUACAAACCUUUUAUCCUAUAUAGUAUUAGAACGAAACUGUAUGUUUGUCACAUUUUCAGUAUAUUGUAGUGAAAGGUGAAACCGCGGGCAACAGAUAGUCUUCAAUGCAAAGAGUAGUUUUACCUCUAACCGCUGUAUAAAUGAUACCACGCUUCAAAUAAUAGUAAUGACUUCUAAUACAUCAUACUUUAAUUGAUUGACUAACAAAUUGAUGUUUAAGAGGGAGACAGUCACUUGACAUAGAAAUUAUUGUAAAAAUAAAAAUCUAAUCAUCUAAACCCUACGGGCAAAAACAUAAUAUCAUCAGAUAUAAUUCUCUUCCCAUGCAUGUUAUAUAAAAUUUCAUCUACACACAACACACACACACACUUACACACAUAUUUUUCUAAAUCAUAAAUGUGUCUAUAAUGAGUAGACCGUAGUAGAUGUAUUGAAGAAGUUAUUAUCAAAUUAAUGUAAUAAAUAACUAAAAUUCUUUUUAAUAUUGACAAUUUCACUUUGUCUCGUGACUGUCUCCCUAAACUUAUAAAACCAUACAUUCAUAUUGUAUAGUAUAGUUAUCUAACAUAGUCCGCUUGUGGCCACGAAACGCAUUUCUUAAAUAAUAAUGUAAAGCUUGCUUAUUAAAUAAUAAAUAAAUAAAUAAUAUUGAAGAAAAUUAUAAAUUAUAAUAAUGUACAGUAAUGUAUGGCGCGAUGUACAGGCUUGGUAUGUAUGGAAUCGUUAACUGAAAUAUAGAUAGUAUUGUAUGAGCUACGUCUUGAAUUCCAGGAAUUUAAUAAUUGUGCUAUUUCGCUUGUAUGUAAAGAGGGAAUGAUACUUAAAGAUGAUUCUAGAAUGUUCGACGAAUGGCUCAUGAAACGCAUAAUAUCGAUACUUGCUCUUAAUCUUUUUCUGUAGAAAGUCUCUAAAAAGCUAUAUUUGAUCUGUAAAUCUAAAUGUAUUGUUAAAAAUACUAAUAAAAAUAAUAUUUAAAUAAAAAUAGUUUCACCGAAAUGUACUCGAGAUUACAAUAAUUAUAUUUUGUGUGUUUUGAAAUUAUUUCGAGUAUAAUUCGGUGAAGUAUAGACGGACGCCAUUUUAUUGUAAUGUUGGUUUCGAACAUUGGUUCCAAUAUUUGUACCAAAGUGUUGCUCCGUUACUGGAAAUUUCUUUGCAAAGUGACACAGUUGACCAACAUCCAAUAUUGACGCGAAUGUUGGGGCCAAUGUAUGGAGUCAACAUAAGACAUUGUAAAUGUAAACAUAAUAGAAUGGAUUUAGAUCUCAAUUGUGGAAUACGGUGUGUCGCAAUUAAGUCAAUUUUAUGAUUUUACCCACUGCAAAAAUAUUUAAGAAACAGUACAAUAUCCGAUUUAUUCUGUAUUUUUUUUAAGUUUACAUCCAAAAACAUUUUUCAAAAUGACGACUUGAUUGCGACUAACACUGUAUAAUAAAAUAUUGAAAUAAAAAGACUAUGUAUCAGAGUAGAUUCCGUCGCGACUUAUGAUUUUGUGUUGAUUUCGUUAAGUAAAGUAUAUAGUAGAUAAGUAUAGCAAUGUAUAAAUGUAUGGCGAUGUAUAAAUGUAUGUAUGUACAGGGGGCGGAGGGGUUGGUGCUAGUACGAUGAACAUUAACUAUUCAAAUAAAUAUUACUAUGGAUUA